UUUCACUAUAUAAGGGGAGUCAGUUGACACCUCGCUAUAAGUUUGAACUCAGAUCUUACUGUCUCUUCCCUAUAAGCCAAUAUCUAUGAGAUAACCUACCUUCAAGGUCGGACAUCAUUCUCCAUAAUGCCUUCCUCUGUAGCCUUACUGCUUGCUGCAUUUAUCACUGCACCGUCAGUUUCGGCACUGUCUUUACCUCCAUUAAUUCCUACAAUUCCUGGUGUCACCGAACCCCUGACAAGCAACGCUCCACCUCUACCUAUUUUACAAAUUCCAACGCCACCAUUGGAGAGUCCCCCUUUUGAGGCAAGCAACAUCAAGCCUAAGAAGAUAGGUUACUUCUGGACUGCUUCUGGCGAUAAUAAACAUAAGGAUUUUCUGGCUACUUAUAGUCUUGACGACGACACAUUUGGAACCCUUAUUUGGGUCACAGAUGUCCCCUCAAGUGGAAAUAGUCCACAUCAUCUCGGCCCUUCUCUCGAUGGGAAGACUCUCAUUGGUGGCGGACUGUUAUCCCUCCUAAAGACGCAAGACACUGCUUUCUAUUUCGACACUACGGACCCAUAUCAUCCAACUUUCAAGAAGAGCAAUCGUGGAAUACUUUCAUCUAUUGUCGAUGAAAUCCGUGCGAAACCUGAUGGAGGGUUUUUCAUCACCUAUAUGGGCUCUGCUCUUGGCACAUCGCCAGGAAGGCUAGUCGAAACUGAUGCUGAAUUUAACAUCAUUCAUGAGUGGCCCGAGAAUGUGGAUGGCCUGCUUAACAUCCUCGGAGAACAGUUUUCUCCACAUGGUUUAGCAGUUGAUUUCGAGAAGAACAUCAUCCUUACUUCUGACUUCAUUGUCCCCCUGAGCAUCUUAAAACCGAGUUUGGGAAUUCAACGAGCUAACACCCUACGGCUCUGGGAUCUUCCAUCACGGGAGAUUAUUAGCACCAUUGAGAUCCCCGAUGGUGGCGGUAUUCAAGAUGUCAAGUUCAUUCCCGGAAAUCCCGAAGGAGCUGCUCUUGCAACUGCAGUGCACUUAGGCCAGGUGUGGAUUAUUUACCCCUUCCGUAAGGACGGUAACGGCAAGCAAGGUGUAGCGAAGCUGCUAUAUGAUCUGGGACCUAAGGCUCGAGAUACCAUUGCCAUCUACUCUGAUAUUACUGCGGAUGGAAGCUUCGCUUAUUUCACGUUGACAACAGCAGACCAUAUCGCUGCUCUUGACAUUUCAGACUUGAAUAACGUAAAGCGAUUGGAUGACCCGGAUGAGGACCAACCUACAAUCGGUCCCCACUACAUAAAGAUCACGCCAGACCAGCGACACAUCGUAGUAACGGACUACUUUGUACAGACGGGAGAUAUCGGCCUGAUCAACACCCCGGCCGACUAUAAGGCUCUGUAUAUCGACAUCCUCGACGACGGGUCCUUGAGCUUUAAUCGCAGCAUAGAGUUCCAGCGCGAGUUUGCAAACCGUGGCGGUGCUAAGCCGCACUCAGCUGUUGUCUUUGACUUGACCGAUCCGGAGAAUCCUGUUUACUACUAAGUCGAAUCGACCGACAGAGGAUGGAAAGGUGGGUGCGCUGUUCGGGGUUCUAUAGCUCCUAUUGGAUGAAUAUUUCCUAGCAAUGGUCCUUGUCCCACGCUUCACUUGACACGUCAACUGGGUGCGGUACGCGAUAUAUGAUAUUUUGGUACCGGCCUCAUAUGAUACAUGAUACAUGAUACAUGUAUCUUAUAAUAUGGGUGUAAUUAUUAGUUGCGGGAGAGGCAACCGCCUUGAUGAAUGAUCUAUAUUACACUCCGUAAAUGUUCGUAGAAUGCCAAACGCCGCAAUUAGCAAGGGUGAAUUUGAUAAAAGUGGUUGAAAACCAAUAAGGUAUCUAGUAUAAUGGUGUGUUAUAUUAUCUUUAUUAUUAUUGUAUUAUGAAGUAUUUAAGAA